GCCUCUCCCCAGUUGUGCUUAAGAAACGCCUUCAGUCCACAGCUGUCUCCCCAGCUGCUUUCAGCAAACACCCUGGCAGUCUAGGCUUCCACAGCAAUGAAUUGGUGGAGGAACAAUUUCUGGAUUAUCUUAGCUGUGGCCAUCAUCUUCAUCUCCUUGGUCCUGGGUCUCAUCCUGUACUGUGUCUGCAGGUGGCAUCUUAGACAAGGCAGGAACUGGGAAAUUGCCAAGCCUUCGAAACAGGAUGGAAGAGAUGAAGAAAAGAUGUAUGAGAAUGUUCUUAACUCUUCAUCAGGUCAGUUACCUCCUCUGCCACCCAGGGGUUCACCUUUUCUGGGAGACCUGGCCCCACAGGAAGCUCCAAGACAACCAUCAGCUUGGUACUCAUCAGUGAAGAAAGUUAGAAACAAGAAGGUCUUUGCUAUCUCGGGCUCCACGGAGCCAGAAAAUGAUUACGAUGAUGUUGAGAUCCCAGCAACCACUGAAAUCCAGCACUCUAAAACAACCAUACCUUUUUGGCAAGCUGAAACAGGCUUACAUAACUCAUUUUAGAAUAAUCUAGAAUGGCUGGACUGUAACACAAGCACUUCCUAAUCCUUGGAGGAGGCCGCCUCGGCCAUGAGAAAGCCAGAGCAGAGGA